AUGUCUGGAAGUGGGAAGGAUGUAAAGGUUGUCGUCUUAGGUCUGAGCUCAGUCGGCAAGUCAUGUCUUGUACAUAGAUGUAUUACCAAUCAAUUCGAACAUACUGUUAUGACUGUUGGCGGUACAUUCUCGGCCAAAAAGAUGCAGGUCGGUAAUACAGAGGUUGUUCUUGGUAUAUGGGACACUGCAGGUACAGAGCGUUAUGAAUCAGUUAAUAGAUCUUAUUAUAGGAGAGCAAAGGCUGCUAUUAUUUGUUAUGAUAUUACCAAUGCAGUAUCACUCGAUAAGGUCACAUUCUGGGCGGAGGAACUGACGCUGAACGAACCAAACAUCGAUAUUUAUAUAGUUGGCACCAAGUUGGACUUGAUUCAAGAAGGUGAACGGAGAGUAGUGCAACCAAGAGAUGUACAGACAAUCGCAGAGAAGUACCAGGCAAUGACAUUCGAGACAUCAUCAAAGACGGGUCAGGGCGUGCAGCAGUUGUUGCAGGCUAUUGCAGAGACCUAUUGUCGCAAGUAUCCAAACGAGGUGAACAACAACAAUGUAAAUCUGUCUCAGUCUGGCGCUAAGAGUGGUGGCUGUUGUUAA